CCUCCUGCUGGGGAGAUGUGGAGUGGUUGGUCUUGUUCUGAGCCCCUCUGGAAGCCUGGAGCCCUGCCUCAUAAGGAUUUCAGUGCAGGGUCUGGCAGUGUCCUGAGGGGCCAGGUGCCACCCAGGCUAGGGAUGGGGUGGUGACAAGGUCAGGAGCAUCAUGUUUGGGUAAGGGCUCAUAGAACCAGGGCAUGGAUAGCAGAUGGAGGGGUUUCCUCAUGAUAGCAGUAAAGGGUACAAGAGAGUUCAUGACAUGAACUGACCCCUGCAUUUGGAGAAUGACAUGAAUGUGGUUGACCAUUUUGUGUGUGUAUGUGGGAAGAUCUCCUGGUAGUCCAGCCUGCUGGUGGCUGAAAGAGCCAGAGGGAAAUCACAACAAUAGCAGUAGACAUUUAUGUAGUGUUUACUCUGUCAGGAGCUAUUCUAAUCAUGUUACACUGCAUUAUCUCAUAUAAUCCUUACAAUAACCUGAUGAGGUAGGUACUCUUAUUAUCCCCAUUUUACAGAGGAGCACAGUAAGGCACAAAGAAGGUAAGUCACUUGACUAGAGUCACACAGCAGGGAACUGGGGUGUGAACCUGGGCAGCUGGGUCCAGUUUCUGUCCUGCAAUGCUGCACUGCCUCUCAAUAAAUGUUAGCUAUUUUCAUUGCUAUUGUAGUUCCUUCAACUUGAGUCUCACCCCAGCGGUGGGAGGUGAAGCUCUGUACUUCUCUCUAGGGCUCAGAUUGGGGUUCUGAGCCCUAGAGACCCACAGCCAGACAGGUGUAGAGCGGGGCCUCCUGACUCAGGAGUUCCACCUUCCAGGCCAGGGUUUUCUGUCCAAUACAGUGUCCCAGAGGGAGUGCAAGACAAGGUAGUUGGGGGCCUUGGAAAUGGUGGGACUCCCUGACUGGGCCUCUUUUUCUCUCUUUAGCCCAGUUACUGUCUCCUUCAGUCUCUGUCUCACUCUUCGUCUCUCUAUACAAUUCGAUUCUCUCUUCCUUUCUCUCCCUCUCUCACUUCCUUUCUCUAUCUUUCUGUCUUAGUCUCUAUUUUUUGUUUCCUCUACUCAGUUUUUUUGUCUCUCAAUCCCUGUCUCUUCACCUUUCUUUCAAAUCUCUCUCUCUUUCUCCCCCCCCCAAUCUAUCUCUUCCUCCCCCUUGUCUCUCACUGUCUCUUCACCUCUCUCUGAGUCUCUUAGUCCCUCCUGUCCACAUCUAUAGUCCCUCUCCCCAUGGGCUGAAGGAUCAGGGCCACACCAGGUCACAGCCCCAAACUGCAGAUUCCUGGGAGGUAGGCCAGUAGGGACUGGGGUACAGGAUGGAGUGAAAACAGUUUCAGGGAUGCCCCCUUUGCAUCCUUUCCUCUUCACCCCCACCAACCCCAUGUUGUGAUGGGAGCUGACAUGUCGUGGGCUGCAGCUGCCACAGGGGAAUCCCUGCUGGAAGGUUUUGCCUGGAGCAGAGAAAUAGCAUGAGUGUGUGAGUGAAUGUCUGUGUGGCUGUGUAGGCAUGUAUGGGGUCUUGUAUGUGUCCACAGAUGUGAGCACAGAAGUCUGCCCUCUGCUUGGGAGCUCAGAAGAGCCCAGGAUGAAACCAAGAUGAAGAAACCGAAAUUCAGAGAGGUUCAGACACUUGCCCGAGGUCACACAGCUAGUCUUAUUGUCCACUCCUCCCAACUUCCCACUGCACCAUGGCUCCCGGCCCCUUCUCCUCUAUGCUGCUCUUGCCACCACCUGCAGCCCUGUCUUUUCUGCUGCUACUCUGGGCAGGGGCAUCUCGUGGCCAGCCCUGUCCUGGCCGCUGCAUCUGCCAGAAUGUGGCGCCCACGCUGACCAUGCUGUGCGCCAAGACUGGCUUGCUCUUUGUGCCGCCAGCCAUUGACCGGCGUGUGGUGGAACUGAGGCUCACAGACAACUUCAUUGCGGCCAUCCGCCGCCGAGACUUCGCCAACAUGACCAGCCUGGUGCACCUCACCCUCUCCCGUAAUACCAUCGGCCAAGUGGCAGCUGGCGCCUUUGCUGACCUCCGUGCCCUCCGGGCUCUGCACCUUGACAGCAACCGCCUGGCUGAGGUGCGUGGCGACCAGCUCCGCGGCUUGGGCAACCUCCGUCACCUGAUCCUUGGCAACAACCAGAUCCGCCGGGUGGAGUCGGCGGCCUUCGAUGCCUUCUUGUCCACUGUGGAGGACCUGGAUCUGUCCUACAACAACCUCGAGGCCCUGCCCUGGGAGGCCGUAGGCCAGAUGGUGAACCUGAACACCCUCACGCUGGACCACAAUCUCAUCGACCACAUUGCUGAAGGUACCUUCGUGCAGCUUCACAAACUGGUUCGCCUGGACAUGACCUCCAACCGCCUCCAUAAACUGCCCCCUGAUGGGCUCUUCCUGAGGUCCCAAGGCCCGGGGCCCAAGCCGCCCACGCCACUCACGGUCAGCUUUGGUGGCAACCCCCUGCAUUGCAACUGCGAGCUGCUCUGGCUGCGGCGGCUGACCAGGGAGGAUGACUUGGAAACGUGUGCCACCCCUGAGCACCUCACUGACCGUUACUUUUGGUCCAUCCCUGAGGAGGAGUUCCUGUGCGAACCCCCGCUGAUCACACGGCAGGCGGGGGGCCGGGCCCUCGUGGUGGAGGGCCAGGCAGUCAGCCUGCGGUGCCGUGCUGUGGGUGACCCUGAGCCGGUGGUGCAUUGGGUGGCACCUGAUGGGCGGUUGCUGGGGAACUCUAGCCGGACCCGGGUCCGGGGGGAUGGGACGCUGGAUGUAACUAUCACCACCUUGCGGGACAGUGGUACCUUCACUUGCAUCGCCUCCAAUGCCGCUGGAGAAGCCACGGCACCCGUGGAGGUGUGCGUGGUGCCGCUCCCUCUGAUGGCGCCCCCGCCGGCUGCCCCGCCGCCUCUCACUGAGCCUGGCUCCUCUGACAUUGCCACGCCUAGCCGACCUGGUGCCAAUGAAUCUGCUGCUGAGCGCCGGCUGGUGGCGGCGGAGCUCACCUCCAACUCUGUGCUCAUCCGCUGGCCAGCGCAGAGGCCGGUGCCUGGCAUCCGCAUGUACCAAGUCCAGUACAACAGCUCCUCUGAUGACUCCCUUGUCUACAGGAUGAUCCCCUCCACCAGCCAGACCUUCCUGGUGAAUGAUCUGGCGGCGGGCCGCGCCUAUGAUCUGUGCGUGCUGGCGGUCUACGACGAUGGUGCCACAGCGCUGCCAGCCACGCGAGUGGUGGGCUGCGUGCAGUUUACCACGGCUGGGGAUCCGGCGCCCUGCCGCCCGCUGAGGGCCCACUUCUUGGGCGGCACCAUGAUCAUUGCCAUCGGGGGCGUCAUCGUUGCCUCGGUCCUCGUCUUCAUCGUUCUGCUCAUGAUCCGCUACAAGGUCUAUGGCGACGGAGAUGGCCGUCGUGUCAAGGGCGCCUCUAGGUCACCCCCGCGGGUCAGCCACGUGUGCUCGCAGACCAACGGUGCAGGCGCGCCGCAGGCCCCACCGCCAGCGCAAGAAUGCUACGUGGCAUUACGCGAGGAGGCGUCCCCGGCUGCGGCAGCCCUGGCGGUGGAAGCAAAGACCACGGUGGUAGAGACGGCAGCUUCCGCAGACCCAGAGGCAGUCUUUGGACGCUCCCUGGGAGGCUCGGCCACCUCGCUGUGUCUCCUGCCAUCGGAGGAAGCCUCUGGGGAGGAGUCUCGAGCCGCUGUGGGUCCUCGGAGGAGCCGUUCUGGGGCCUUGAGGCCGCCAGCUUCAGCGCCCUCCACUCUAGCUCUGGUUCCUGGGGGGGCACCCGCACGGCCUCGGCCACAGCAGCGUUACUCGUUUGACGGGGACUAUGGGGUGCUCUUCCAGAGCCACAGUUACCCGCGCCGCGCCCGGCGGACAAAGCGCCACCGGUCAAGGGCGCGCCUGGCCUUCACCAGCACCGAGUGGAUGCUGGAGAGUACCGUGUGAGCGGCUGCGGGGGCGCCGGGACUCCUGGUGCCACGGACAGGACACACUCCGAGCUGCCCGGACCCUGGGGCAGGACUGGAGGGAAAAAGCACAGCGCCAAGACCUCUGACUGGAGGGGAGGUGGGCCCUUCUCCCCGAGGGGGCGCUGCGGCCUGCGGCUAAGGCCUGCGGCUAUGCACCAUGUCCUGGGGAGAUGGGGAGCGGGCCGCUGGGCUCCUCCCGUGAGAACUCCUCGCCCCCUCUUGUCCCUCCCCCAGCGCGCUCGCGGACCUCGCUGGAGCUGGUGCCUUACACAGCGAAGCGCGGGGAGGGGCAGGGCCCCCCCACACUGCAGCACUGAGACACGAGCCCCCUCCCCCUGCCCGGGACCAGGGGCAGGGACGAGGGGCCCAUUUCUUGUAUCUGGCUGGACUAGAUCCUAUUCUGUCCCGCGGCGGCCUCCAAAGCCCCACCCCGAGCCCAUUCACCUCUCUGAUCCCGUAGGGUCUGGCUUGGGGUCCCCUUUUCUCUGUCCCCCUCUUUUGUGUCUAUCCUGCUCUCUGUCUUCUCUGUCUUAUGUCUCUGCCCUUUUCUAUUUGUCUCUUUUUUCUCGGUCCCGUCGUCUCUUCUCCUGCCCUCCCAUGUUUUGUCCAGUCUCUUUGUCUCUCCGGGAUUACCUCCCCCCACUACACAUUCUCCCGGGCAGGUCCCACUGGAAGGACCAGACUCUCCCUAUUCCUUCCUCUUUCCUCAAGUAAAUCCCCACAUGAAUAAAGUCCAAAACAAAGUCCUCCUCCCUACCGGAGCCAGGACCCCCGCCGCAGCAGAAUUAAACUUUUUUCUGUGUCCGAGGGCGCUCUACUGA